CCCUAAUCCCAUUUCCCUCGCCUCCCCAUUUCUCACACACAACACACAGAGAGGAGAGAGAAAAAAACCACAGGCACCAUGACAACAAGCUUAAGGAAGAACAGGAAGAAGAGAGGUCACGUAUCAGCCGGACAUGGUCGUAUCGGAAAACACCGAAAGCAUCCAGGAGGUAGAGGAAACGCUGGAGGAAUGCACCACCACCGUAUCAUGUUCGACAAAUACCAUCCAGGGUAUUUUGGUAAAGUUGGUAUGCGUUAUUUUCACAGGUUGCGCAACAAGUUUCACUGCCCUAUAGUCAACCUUGACAAGCUUUGGUCAAUGGUUCCUGAUGAUGUCAAGGAGAAAGCCAUUAAAGAAGGAAAAGCUCCGGUUAUUGAUGUUACUCAGUUUGGCUAUUUUAAGGUUUUGGGUAAAGGUGUUUUGCCUGAUGGUCAAGCUGUUGUUGUUAAGUCUAAGUUGAUUUCUAAGACUGCUGAGAAGAAGAUUAAGGAGAAUGGUGGUGCUGUUCUUCUUACUGCUUAAGUUUUUGUUGUUUUUAGUUUAUUUUUGGAUUGAAGGAAUAUUUUUAGUGUUGAGAUAAUUUGCUUUGUCUUCAGAUUUUGGGUUAUGUUUAAUGCUAUGAUUAUUGCCGUUUUAUUGUUA